CAAUCAGACCAUCUUCAAAUCGCCCAAAAUGUCAAAGACAAAGUCAAAGAAGCGCAAACAAAACGCUCAAGCCCAAGCCCAAUCUGAUAACCCUCGAAAGAUCGCAAAGACAACUUCUCCCUCGAUACCGACUCCUCCUCCCGAUGGCAGCACCUUCGAGCCAAAGAACCUUCACACUGUCGUCUCCGAGGAAGAACUUGAGAUUGCCAUCGACACUCUCACAUCCCUUGCCCAAUAUCCUGGCUUGAUCAAGUCCAAGCUCUGCAAGGAUCUUCGAGUUGCCGUAUACGAUUUUCGACAAGCUUGUACCACGGGUGUCAACAAUGCUGCUGGCGCGAACCUCACGGCCCAGGUCACGGCUGCUUUGGCCGAUCGGAAAUACACUGAGGCGAGAAUUCAUCUUGCCGAGAUGAAGAUUCGGGGUGAACAGCCCAAGCUAGGAGCCCUAUGUCGAUGGGUACGAGAUCUUGAUGUCAUCAGUGGUCUGUCGACUGUGCCAGACCAGCAGGGUCUUGUCGUGCGCUCCGAGAGGGAAGAGACCCUGAUCAAGGUCAUCGAUGCUGUCCUGAGAGUCUGUGGCCAUGAGGAUCGAAACCCCAACGCCGUGGUACAACCAUCCUCAAUUGCUCUUCAAGAGAUUUGGGACCUCCGACCAGACACACCCACCGAACAAGUCUACGCUACAGUCCUCGACAGCAGUCUCGUUGCUUCAGCGCCCGACUCUCUCAAGAAGAACCUACGCAUCAUCGAGACAACACCCGGUCCCGAGCGCAAGCCCCCCAAUCACCACGAUGCCAUCCUAUACGCCUCCACACCCGACGCCGUUCCUUUGUCUACCACGCCGCCACCGACUACCUAUACGCCCCAUCCAGUUGUGGACGGUCUCAGCGUUGCUACACAUGUUCUCUAUCCUGAGGAGUGCAAGGCUAUCAUUGCUGCCGGCGAAUCUGUCAACUUCGUUCCUGAUGCGCCACUGCGCGAGGAUGGAGAUGUCAGUAUUCUGGCGCACAACUUUUACUGGGUCGUCGAUCAGACUUUCCACGAUACACUCUGGUCGCGCAUUCGACCAUUUGUACCUGCGUCUAUGAAUGGCCGCCUGGCUAGGGGAGUCAACCGCCGGUUCAGGGUCUAUCGCUAUGUCCCAGGAGCAGAGUACCGAGCACACAUCGACGGCGCGUGGCCCCCGAGCGGUAUAACUAAGGACGAUAAAUACGUAUACGACAGCUCGCCCGCCGAGAAAAAGCAGAGCUCACUCUUUACCUUCCUGAUCUACCUGAACCAAGAUUUCGAGGGCGGCGAAACAACAUACUUCCUGCCAGCUGCGCGCGAGGGAGUCUUGAACGCAUACCCCGUCCGACCGAUCAUGGGAGGCGCCGCCAUUUUCCCACAUGGCGAGAUCAAUGCGACACUGCAUGAGGGUACUGGUGUCAGAAAAGGAGCCAAAUAUGUCAUCCGAACGGAGAUUGAAUACGAUAUCGAACCAUCUGAGGAGGUCAAGGUCUGAGGUACAAACAAAUUGGAUAUUUUAACAAAAUUGUAAAAAGGAACGGCUGGACCGGGGAAAAGUAUUGUUACGCUUAUAUGUCUAAUGAACAAACUAUAUUUAUAUCAUUAUUUAUCUAUGCUUCUUCAGUCGCGACCUCUCCCUCAGCAGGCUUGCGUCCCCAGACGAUUCGCUGGAGGUAAUAAGCAUGCGCUUGCUUCUUGGACUUGAGCUCCUUUCUUAACUGCGCGCAGUAGAGCACAACCUGCUCCUGCGUCCAGCCCUCGAGCAGAGUAGCCAUGAAGGAAAUGUGUCCCUCCACAUCAGACAGAAUACUCAGUGUGGUGAAUCGGCCGAUCUCCUUGAGACGCUCCUCCUUGGGCCAGUCUCCCACAGGGACCUUGAUGGUCUUGGACUGGAUGUCUACGAAACCAGCGGCCUUCAUGCCCUUCUCUUGGAGGUUAUCAGGGAGAGGCGAGAAGACGCGACCGAGUUUCUUGCCGCCCUCGUGGAAGAACUUGCCCCACUCGGCAAUGGCACUGCCAGGCUUGACACUAUCGUCGUCGCUAAGGCCCAUGGGGUCGCCCUCGUGAGACUCGAUCCAGCCGCCGGGCUUGGUCGCUUGGAAUGCGCGCUGAUACAAGGCAUACCAGUCGGGGACGCUGCCGUAGAGGAAGCGCAUAUGGACGAAAUCGGCCGA